AUGUCCACCAGCCGGCUCCUCGCCCGGCUGCCCCUUCGGCGAGGGCUCAUUCCCUCCUCCAGGACCUUCUCAUCAUACUCUCUCAACCACAUCUCUUCUCCAUGCCGGAACCUCUUCAUCCGUCGCCGACUAGCCCUCGCCUCCUAUCAGAAUGCCCCUAAGGCCCUCGUGACGUAUCAUACCACCUCCUCUCUUUCAGCAUCCACAACCCCCAAUGACACCCGUGAAAACCCAAUUCCCCCGGCCGAAUAUCGCCCCCCGACCACAGGCCUCCUCUCCUACCUGCCCCCCUCCUGGGUUCCCUACGCAGAACUCGCCCGCCUCGACAAGCCUGCCGGCUCCUACUACCUCUACUUCCCGUGCAUCUUCAGCACGCUGCUGGCGGCCCCCCUGGCCAAUCCCAUCGCCGUACCCACCACCGUAAUCAGCACGUCCCUCCUCUUCCUGGCCGGAGCAAUUAUCAUGCGCGGCGCAGGCUGCACAAUCAACGACCUAUGGGACCGCAACCUCGAUCCUCACGUCGCGCGCACAAGGCUAAGGCCUAUCGCGCGCGGCGCGGUGACUCCUUUUCAGGCGCUGGUUUUCACCGGUGGGCAGUUACUCGCCGGGCUAGUAGUCUUGUUGCAAUUCCCACCAGCCUGCUUCUGGUACGCGACGCCGAGCUUGCUGUUGGUGGCAACAUACCCUCUUGCAAAGCGCGUGACAUACUACCCGCAGUUUGUUCUCGGGUUGACCUUCUCGUGGGGCGCGAUUAUGGGGUUCCCCGCGCUCGGGGUGGACUUGUUGAGCAACGGGACGGCGGCAGCUGCGGCGGGGCUGUUGUACAGCUCGAAUGUGGCAUGGACGGUGUUGUACGACAUGAUCUACGCGCAUAUGGAUAUCAAGGAUGACGCUAAGGCGGGCAUUAAGAGCAUUGCGCUGAAGCACGAGAAGGAGACUAAGCAAGUGCUUACCGGGCUGGCUAUUACCCAGGUGGCAUUACUUGCUGGGGCCGGUAUUGCAGCGGGUGCUGGUCCGGCUUUCUUCGUUGGCAGCUGUGGUGGUGCUCUGGCGACAUUGGGCUACAUGAUCUACAAGGUCAACCUUAAAAGUGUCAAGGACUGCUGGUGGUGGUUCAUCAAUGGCUGCUGGUUCACGGGCGGCGCCAUUUGCUUUGGGCUGGGCGCAGACUACCUCCUGCAAUACACACAAGGCAAGAAGGACUUGGCGCAGGCAGAGAAAGAGGUGGCUCGAACGGAAUCGGCGUGA